AUGGCAGGGCCUUUGAAAAUGGUGGCUCCCGGAAGCGGAGAACCAGACAUGACACUUGUGGCCGAGCUUCUAGAAGACAUACAACGACAUCCUCCAGCUGUUGCGGCGAGGACGUUGCUCGCACAACACUAUAUCUCGAUCGGUUGGUUCGACGCAGCUUCGGAUUACGUUCAGGAGUUGGAGCGUGAUGCACCAAGUGAUCCAGAGGUACCAGUCUUGAACAGAAUAUUGCUGGCAAAUAACGUCUCGCUCUUGAAGCCGAUUGAGCGAAAAGCUAACGAUGGGAAGAACUCCAACCAAGCCGUCGCAUCCAGUGUGAGCUCAGAGACCGCAAUGCCCAAAGUGUUGAACAGGCCAGCACGGAAGACAGCAAUAGCUACGAGCAGCAUGGCCACCAGCUCUGGCAACGGUUCCCGGACUGACCUGGUGGAAGGGUAUCGCGGUCUGCGCCAGAAGACGAAGAGGCUGUUCGGUGUUCUAUUGCAUCUACAGGCUCAGCACAAGCAACAUGGAACUCCACAGGCCGGGCUCUCGGUGAGGAUCCAAGCCAUCAUUCAGGGACAGACUCCAUCUGGAGCUGUAGCUGCCAGCCCGCCAGGCAAGCCCCAAGUCGUGGCGCGCGCAGUUCAAAUGCAUUCUGAGAAGGCUAUGGAAAUUGUCAUCGCUGAUCUUGAAGACAGCCUUGACUUCAUGCGGGGUCGUCCGUACGAUAUGAGUGAUGACUCAGUUCGCGAUGGACUAGUCAAGCGCAUGCGCGAUGUUGAAAAGGCAUUGCCAGAAAGCCUUAAGACUUACUGCGAACUCGGCUUCAUGCACAUCGAACAUGAGAACCUCAAGCGAAAAUACGCCAACGACCAAACCAUGCUCAUGGAGGCUAUAGCUGACAUACCUCGCCCGGAUUUCUACGUUACUGAAGACAAUUAUGCGUGGGAUCUAUCCGAGCUUGUCGAGGCUAUCACGGCGAACGGCGGCGUAAUGCGUAACCCAUUGAGCAAGGACAUGUUCACACAGAAGGACGUUCGCGGCAUCUUGACGAGCCCACACGGAAAUUCUCUGGCAGCGUUGCAAAUUACGCAGAACGAGAUGUCGCAGGGAGUGCGCCCUGAGACGAUUGUCCGGAUGGAUAAGUUGGCGGACGUUAUGCUAGCGGAACAAGAUAGAACGGCCAUGAAAAGUCGCAAGGAAAUGGAUGAAUUUCAGGCAUAUGUCGCUACUUUACCCGAGCGUGAACAAAAGACCAUAGAGUCGUUUAGAUGUCCGGCUUUCGACCGUCAUGCGGGCAAGGCUUAUGACAGCACCAUCGGACAGACUAUACGCGACGCCAAGGCCACCGAACUAUGUAUUCACAAAGCGGGUGACUUCAUCAAGCAAGCUGCAGCACGAACAACUUCAGCCACCCUCGACCUCGCCAUCAACUUCCAACGUCGUCGACUCACCACUAAAUCGGCCCAGCACGCCAUGAUCUUCCUUCGCUUCCUCUUUCCCAUACUUCUGCUCACAACUUCCGUUACCUCACGCAAGGGCUGGCAAACGACCUGGCCCACCCUCGAGACACAAGAGGGAACGCCGGCCCCCGUCCAGACUUCCGCUCCCCCGCGCAUCGUGUACACGAAGCCCAAGUUCGAGCCGCUACCCGCCGUGCAGAACCUAAGUCGAGAGCUGUGCAAGCCGUGUGUGGACUUCAUGACAAACUGCAUCGGUAAGUACUACUUGAAAUAG